AUGGACCGGUUUAACGAGUUGGCUAAACGGUUUGACAAUGAGGAGAUGCUUACAUAUCUUGUUGAUAUGAGUCGAAAGCUCUCAAAGGAGAAAUCAUUGGAUGAAUCGGAGUAUCAUAUUUAUCUUGGACAAUUAACACAAUUGAUUGAAAAACAGCAGCAGCAGCUGCUGCAGCUGCAAUUGCAGUCGAUUUCAGCCAGUAAGAAGAAGAAAAACGACUCGCUGUCACAGGCACCACCACCACCACCUGGAAAACAUGCUGAGGCUUCGUACAAUGUUUUCAAAUUAGUCUCUAAGAACUUGGUAUCGGUUUUACGUCACAUCCCUUCAAAGAUUUAUGACACAACCAACCUGUUGCUCAAUUUUUUACAAUUGAGCGAGUCGGGAGAUUUGAAUCAAAACUCGAAAAUCUCAGUUUUCUUACUCAUUGACUUGUUUGACAACUUCCCGUCAAGUUUGAGUUCAUUGAUCACAUUCAGCGUUUCACAGAUAUACAAGAUUCUCAAAAAGGACCCUAGCGUUGAUAGCGAUUUGGUUUACUUGUUAUAUUCGGUUUCUAAACAUGCAACAAGACACGAUAUAGAUGACAAGUUGAAUAGUAAAUUGACGAAAAUCGCCACAAAGGCUAUAAUGCAGGAGUUGAUUUCGUUUGAUGUCACCAGCGACAAGGGCACAUCUACUGUGUUGUUGAAAAAAAACUAUAUAUUGGUGCUAAAGAACAUGUUGUUAUUGAGUGUUUCUGGCCACUAUGAGGCACUUUUGGCCAUGUCCGCGAGGUCGGGUUCCGCCGGUGCCAAAAUGAAGCCCGAAACAAUAAUGAGUCAGCAACACCAAUAUCAGCAAGCUUUGCUUGCUUCGAAUGAAGCUGUCUUUGAUUUUUGCUUGCGUAGUAGAAGUCAAGAAAUACGAAUCGCGAUAAUUGACUUGAUAGCAAAUUUACUCAUCAAUUUUAUACUUGUGGGUGAUUUUCAGCCCAUUGAGUACUUGAUCAAUGCAUACCCCUUGCCAAGUGCUAACUUUAAAGAUUCCGGCUUACAAUGGAAUUUAUCUUUUAAUGGUGAGCCUUUUGCGGAGAACAAAGCAGAUACCAACAACAUUGCGAGUCACGAUAGUGAAUCCAUUUUGAGUGUGAAUUUAGAAACGAAUUUGUACCAAUCAAGUAUAAUAACAUGUAUAAUAUUUUACUUGCAAAUGGAACAGUACCAAAAUCCCGAGUUUUUACUGGCCAAUUUAACAGAUAUUUUAACUUUGAUUUUGCUAAAAUUUAGUAAUAUGGAUUGUGGCAAACAGUCUAAUUUUCAUGUGCAAAAUACUGAUUGGAUCAAAACUGUAUCAAACUGGAAGAUUUUGAUUGAGUUUGUAGUAAAAGAAGCAGGCUCUUCGGUUAAUGACGUGCUUUCUGAAUUUUUGCAAUCCAAGUUAUCAAAUAGGAAAGAAACUGGCGAUGAAGUGUUGGAAACAAACUCCUUAUCGAAAUCUAAAUCUAAGAAAAGAGAGUCAAAGAUUUUUGGUUUAAUGAGCACCAAAACGUUCCAAAAAAGAGGGUCAACAAAUUCGACCAUUAACAUCUAUACCAAUCCUUAUCAAGCAUAUUUUGUUUUGCUUCUUAUUCGAAUUUUAAUUCCUACCGGCUUGAACCUUGAAGAUUCAGAAAAAUCAAAACCAAAAACAAAAGCAAAAGAAAAAGAAAGGGAAAAGAUGGCAGAAGAUAAAAAUGGAAAAGCACCUGAAGCAAAAAGUAUUGAUGAUGAAUUGGAAAUCACUAAAAGUAGUGAUGAGUUGCAAAGUGUGUCUAUUUUGGAAAAUGUUUUGCUUGUAUUAAUAGCAAACGAUAAUGUAUACACACGGAAUUAUGCAAUAGAAGCAUUAUUAGAGCUUGCUCAAUUUCAUCAAGCUAACGUCAACCAACUAAUUUUGAGCUGUUUUAGAUUGGUGGACCAGGAACAAAAGCAUUCAAGUAUAAGUCAAUCCAGUACUAGUAUUACUACUAAGAAUUAUCAAAAUAUAUGUGGCAUUUCAGCAGUAAGGCUAUUGAGUUACUCGUUAGCAUUGCUGUCUAUUAUAAAACAAACGGACCCUGCAUUACUUCAAAACACUGUUAUUGUAAAAAUUUUGAGUUUUUGCACCCAAACGUUGAAGCACAGUAAAAACCACAAUCAGAAUUCCAGUUGUUGGGUCAUUCUUUCGUCAUUGGUGUCCCUAUAUAAAUUUUCCGAAUACGUGAGAUUAAAUUCUUCCCAAUUUCUUGUGUUUUGGAAAAGUUUACUCACAUCACAGUACAUUAAUACUUCAGUUGAAGCCAAGUCCUCGAGCAAAAGCCAUACGAACGAUAUAAUUGCGAAUUUGAAAUUAAGGACCUUGGCUUUAACAUGUUUGUACAAUUAUUUGACUUCAGUUGAUUUAACACCAGAAUCAUUGAAGCAAAUCCAUUUCAUGUUGACAAAAUCCUACAACUAUUUAUCCCACUUAGAGAGCAGUAUUGAGAGCGUAGGCUUGGUCACAGCUCUUAAUGGCACCGGUUUCAAUGAGUCUAAUUAUGACCCCAACAUGGUUAAUAAUAUUUUGUACUCCAAUUAUUUCUUCAACGGCCAAUUACCUCUGGAGAAAAUAAUUACUAGCUUAGUUUUUUACAGUAAAAAAGUGCUAUUGCAGAGCUAUGCCAAAUUGGCGACUUUUUUAAAAAGUGAAAUAAACUCAAAUAUAGUCAUUUUUGUUAUAAAAAUGUUUAGCGAUCACCGUUUAUUUGCAAGAGACUGUUCCGUUGAUCAUGAAAAAGUAUCAAGACCAAAAAGCAAAAGCUCCAAUAAGAGUGCAGUGGAGAGCAAUGAUGUUUUGGUUUAUUUAAAUGAGGAUUACAAUUAUGCUUUUGGUUUGACCAGUUUGUUUUCAUACAAGUCCUUCAUAAUUGAUGAACAACUGAGAAAUAAUAAUGGGCAACGAGAAAAUAUAUUUGCCAUGAGAGCAAAGCCGUUACUGGAUGAAAAGAAGGAGCAGUGUCCAUCUUAUUAUUGGUUUGAGAUAUUUGAAUAUAUUUCCUACCUUUCAAAUGAGCACUCCCUUAAUAAUGAUCCCAACUAUUUCCAAACCUUGCAGAGUGAUUCCGACUUGAAACAAACGUCACCAAACUUGACCACUUCUCUUGUGGAUCUGUCAAUUUUAUUGUUUCAAUUGCUGUUUCCACAUCUAAGUACAAAAAUUCAGUUUUCAUUAUUGGAACAGAUUAAAAAUUCUUUAACAGCCAAGCCUAUUGAUCAGCUUAGACUUAAAGCAAUUCAAGUUAAUGUAUCAAUUGCUUUGAAUGGAGUAGUCCACAAUGCCGUUAGGAACUCUCUAAAGAUUGAAAAAGAAAUUUUGCUGACGAUUGUCGAUAUUAUUAAGAAUAUAAACACUCAAAAUGACCAGAUGAUGCAGUUGAACUCUUCUACUAUAGGUUCAUGCACAGUAUUGAUGUCCACAGAUGAUGUUCAUGGGCUAAUAACGAAUUUGGUGAACGAAAUCGUUACUCACGAAAACACCUACAUCAGGGGCUUUGCAAUUUUGAUAUUGUCCAAAAUUUACUUCAAUACUAAGAUUGGAUUUCGCGAGACCUAUAACAUCUUGCUUCAAUUAAUAAAUGAUACGAAUCCGGUUAUAUAUCAUUACACACUUGAAUCGUUGGUAAAUGUGUUUGAGAUUACAAGCAAUGAUAAGUUGUCCCUUAUACCCCAAAUCUUAGCAAAGCUUUCACAACAAUACUUGAACAACUCAUUUAGUUACGAUGUAUCAAAUAAAGCAUUAGUGAAUCUAAAGACUCGAUAUGGAUACAUGAAAGAUGUGUCCCAUUUGUUAAAGUUGUUUGUGAUGUCCCUUGGUCCUUUAUUAAGGGAAUGGAAUGAAAAGCUGAAAACACAAUUGCGAAACUUGAUAAUAUGUCUCACUCAUGGUAUUGGGCUUGCCACCUUGAGCGAUUACGUGCAAGUUUAUAAGCAGUUAAUGGAGUUGUUUCAAGAACUAGUCAUAUUCGAUCCCAAUUUUAUUGAGGAAGAAGUGGAACUUUUUGUCAGUUUUCUAAAUUUGAUAAUUUCAAAAAAUCUCAAGAUCUCCAUUGCCAGCGUGCCGCCCACUGCUCUCAAUACAGAGACUAUUUUUCCUUUCAAUACCAGUUUCGAUUUGUACUCUGCCGCUUAUGAAUGUUAUUAUGAGUUGUUGAAAAUAUAUGGAGUCAAGAUUCUUUCACAAGAAACAGAGUAUUUACUUUGGGUUUCUAUGAACAUAAUGCCUUGCCCAGAGUUGGAAAGGUUGAUUAUACUCUGGCUUGAAAGCAGUUUAGAGAAAAACUGGUUUGGUAUUUUGAAUUCAUUAUUCAAAUCUAGUUUGAAAAAGCUAGUGGGUCCUUUUUUAAAGUCAAAUUAUCAACAAAAAUUAUUACCGUUGCUACAGAGACAAAAGAACAGUAGUGCAAGCAGCGGUGGUAUAGACUUUAAAGAUGAAGAAAACGAGGUGAUUGUUGGUGAGAAUGACGAGACUAGUUCAGAAAAGAAUGAGCCAAUAUCAUGGACUUUCAAGCUAUUUUUAUUUGAAGCACUAAACCAUUUGAUGUCGUUAGCUUAUAAAAAUCAUAGCUUAGUUGAACGAUUAAAAAGUAGAAUACCCGAUAUAGUCAAGUUAUCUUUCCUUGGAUCCACAUCUUCAAUUACCGAGUUGAAGAUUAAAGGACUUGACUUGUUAAAUUCUGCAUUGGAGUUAUUUGGUGAGCUAGAGGAUCCCUUGUACCCAUCCGUUUCUAUUUUGGAGCAACAACAAGCUCAAAUCAUUAGUGCUUUGGUUCCUUGUUUUACCCCGGGAAACGAUUACAAGGUUAUAAUCCACGCAAUCAGGGUCUCGUCCAACUUUAUCAAUCUUCCAAGAAUCAAAUUUUAUUCAAAACAAAGAAUACUCAAAACAUUGAUUCAACUCUUGGAAGAAAUUUCAUCAAACAAAUUUUUAAAGUUUGGCUUUUUGGAGACUAUGUCUGAAUUUGGGAAAAAGAGUAUACAAUUAUCAAUUCUCAACUGCUGGGCUGUUUUGAAAAUUGAAACGUAUGAUGAUCCGGAAGGUACCGAAGCUGAGUUUAAGGAGAUUUUGGACAAGUACUCUCAAUUGCUCACUUCGUUGUGGAUAUUAUCUUUAAAGGAAUAUUCUGUAAUCAAAUAUAGCGAAUCAUCGAGUAGAGAGUUAGAGAUGCAUGGAGAUUACUGGAUCAACUUGGUUAGCGUGUUGAGUUUGGAGUCAGAGGAGGAUUACCAAAGGAUUGACAAGAUUCUUUCUGGGGAUGGUCAAACUUUUUUUUUCAUAUUGUUCAGUCAAUGUAUCGAAUCAUUAAUUCGAGGCAAGAAUGUGUCACAAAUCUUGAGAUGUUUGCAAAAAUUGGUGAGAAGCUCGCCUUUAGUCGAUUUGAUAUUCAAUGAGCAGAUAUUUGGAGAGGUAAUUGUAGUUUUUGAUCGAUUGAUGUUGAUUGAUGAUGAGGCUGAAGUGCAGUGUUUAUUGCUUGAAACAUUGGAAACCAUUUUCGAAACAUUUGUUGCAACGCAUCGAUCUGAUUUAGAGACUGGUUUUGAUAAGCUAUACGAGUUGAUCAGAGUCACAAUGCUUCCGUUGUUCAGAAUAUUACCCUUUCUCAAGUCAAACUAUGAUGCCAGUGACGCAACUUAUGCCAUUUUAAUUAAGCAUGCAGAGAGCGCGCCAAAUUUGUUGGUAUUAAAGAAAAGUUUUGAGAGUUUGACCAAGAUGAUUUCCCUUUUCCCUGAUUUGGUUAAACCUGAUCUUUAUUCCUGUUUACUUUUUCUUUUUGCUAAAAUUUAUGAGAGCAAGAAGAUGCUUUUGAUUUCUGUUGUGAUUCCGCAUUUGAAGCAAAUUGUUGUAGAUUCCAAAAGGUUAGGUUCCGAGUCAGUUGAAACGUUUUAUUCUGUUGUUUCGCAGUUUUAUGAGAUUGACCCAGAGUUGACGUACACUGCUAUCACAGCAACGAUUCUUGUUACUGGAGGAGGUGUGCAAUUGAAAGAAACAGAGGCUGUCAAAUUGGACGAGGCAUUGUUUGCGCUUUUGAAAAACAAUGAGACAGCAUCUUUAGCGCUCCAAUGCAUCAAAUCUCUUGUUCAAAAUAGCACUAAUACUAAUGGAGCAUUAGUGGUUAAGAAGCUUUUUUCUAGAUUUAUUAAGAUAAUCAGUGGGGUUGCUGAAAAGGAAGGACAAGACCAAAGUGAUUGUGAAAUUGAUUUGAAGAUAAUUACAGAGAUUUUAAUGCUUUUCACAAAGACUAUUCCCGACGAUGAGACUAAGAAACAAGCUUUGUAUUCAAUAUUUAUACCAGUUUUAGUUAAAAAUGAAGUUGGCUUUGAUGCCGAUUACCUUCAAGACAAAUUGAUGUAUUUGGCUAAACAAGACUCCAAUAUUUUCAAACAAGUUGUCAAUAAAAACUUGACUCCAAAGCAGAAGAAAACGACAGAGGAUAUCAUGAAAAGAAGCUACCAAGUUGUCAAAGAGGAUGAACACUUGCCAGAAAUUGAAUUGAGAAAGUUUGAUUAA